AUGAAGCAACACGAAGAUUUACCAAUCACUUGCGUCAAUUUGUUCAAACUGUUCAACAAUGAACAAUUUUCAGAUUUUAAAAUCAAACUCCCUCAUUCCCAACAAGUAUUGUCCGUUUCGAAAGGAAUAUUGGCAAUGAAUAGUGAAUACUUUUCAACUCUUUUUCAACCGUUGCAACAUCAACAAUUGUCAAACACUUCACAAUUGGACCAACAACCAUUUAAAGAACACAUAGAACAAGAAUUGGAAAUUACAGGAGGUGCCACCUAA